AUGAGAAUGGAGUUAUCCCCCUUAGUAUCUACAAAAAGAAAUCAAUCAACAUGGAUAAAAAUACCUUUUUGGAAAUUCUCUUUCCAUAUGGUUAUCUACAUGCUAAUCCCUCUAUCAUUCAGAUAUUUUCCUCUCUUGGCAAAAGUAAUUUUGAUAAUUAUUUUUUUCAAGUAUAUGCAAUAUCUAUUUCAGAAUGUUUUACUCUUCUUCCUCUAUAAUAAAAACAAACAAGGAUUCGAUGAAUUAAUAAAGCUGCUGUUACUCCAACUGCACAAUGAAAAAGAUGAAGCAGAAAAAAAUAAAGACAAUGAUGAAAAGGUGCGUUUAAUUGUCGAUGAUAUAUAUACAAGGAUACAAGAAAUUAUGAAAUCCGUCAUCUGGAUUUAUUUCGUUUUUUCUAAAAAUUCCUGCAACCAUUUGUACCAACCUCCUGGGUUUUCAACUGAUGGAAGUAAAAUUGUCUCAACGCCACGCAGGAUUGCGAACCUGUGGGACUUGCAAGGGGUAUACAUGAAUUUGUACGUUGUAUUGCUCCGGCUGAAGUUAUGCAAAGUUCGUGACAAAUCGGUUGACGAAUCACUUGACGAAUCGCACCACAAAUCGACUGAUCAACAGGAUGAGAAAACCCUCUUUAAGAACAUAAGAAAUGUGUACAAGUUGAAAUACACGAAAGAAUACGAAAUGAUGAAGCGAAAUGACGAGUUUUCAUUUUUUUCUCAUUUUGGAGAAUUAGUUUGUUAUUCAGUAAAGCAAACGUUCAUCUGUUUCCAUUUUUUCUUUUUUACAACUAUUUCUAUAUAUUACUUGUCCAGAAGCUUCUUCAUUUUGUCAUAUUACAAAAAUGUUUUGAAAACAAAAUUACGCUAUGAGAACUCUUGCAAGAAUAGGGACAUGUGCGACGAGCUCUUUUUCCUCCUUAUCGAUUCUAUAUCUCAUCUAAGUUAUGAACAAACAGAUGCACCCAGUGGUGCAAACAGCCGAUGUGUAAACGACGAUGAAAGUCAGCGUGACAGAAAAUUGAGCACCUACGAAACCAUGGAAUGUAACUUGCUCAAGUGUAUAAAAUUAAUAAAUGUACUAAAAAGUGAACACUCCAAAGAUAACUAUGAUAAAGUUUUGCACAAGAACCCAAAGAAUACAAAUGAAUCUGAGAACCAAGAAGAACUCGCAUCUAAUUAUGUCCUUCCUAGCGAGAAAGAAGUAUAUGAAACGGAACCACUAAAGGAUUAUCAUAAGGAUGAAGAAGCACAUAGUGGUGCAACUACCUCACAAAAGAAACAACCAGAAGAAGAUGCUGAAUUGAUGUACGAAGUAUAUGUGUAUGAAAGUGGAAAUGAGGACAACCAAAUGAUGAUGCAGAAUGAAGGGAAAAUGUAUACUGAAAGAAGGUUUCUGGGUCCACACUCACAAUAUGAACACAAUCAAAAGACACUAAUGUAUACAUAUAAAAAAUAUUUCAAUUGUAAAGGAGAGAAUUCCAUUGACAAUGAUGGAUUGGUGAAAAACCACACGUCGUCAUAUAUAAACGAUACAAUAUGGCAUAAUAAACAGUUUAAUGAGGUAUAUUCAGAUCAACCUAUAAUUGACUCGAAAAUGUGCACACAUAUUAAUUGCGCAAAUUUAAUUAAUGAACUCAAAGCUGUGUUUAAAAAAGAAAAACGUUAUGUAUAUCUAAAUAAAAAACUGUUCUAUGAUCAAUCUCUGUGUGACUUUGUUAUACGGGAAUAUUCAUCAGUGGAAAAUUUCUCCCUUCAGAAUGUUUCUAUGCAUUUAGACGUAGGUGAGAAUGGAGAUGGUGAGAAUGGAGAUGGUGAGAAUGGAGAUGGUGAGAAUGGAGAUGGUGAGAAUGGAGAUGGUGAGAAUGGAGAUGGUGAGAAUGGAGAUGGUGAGAAUGGAGAUGGUGAGAAUGGAGAUGGUGAGAAUGGAGAUGAUGAGAAUGGAGAUGAUGAGAAUGGAGAUGAUGAGAACAGAGAUGAUGAGAAUGGAGAUGAUGAGAACAGAGAUGAUGAGAACAGAGAUGGUCAGAAUGGAGAUGAUGUCAAUACUAAUGUUAAUGCAAAUGAACACUCCAAAAUAAACACACUGUGUGAAACCGGCCAAGGGAGAAGCUGCACAGAACAUAAGACACACGACCAAGGGACUUAUGAAGAAGAUUAUUUAAGACCAAUUAUCGAUAUACCAUCCUUCAGACAGAGUAUCGCAGCCACUAUAUUGCAAAGGAGCUUCAUUUAG